AUGGCUGAACAAGCAGAAGACAUCUACGGAUUCACGCCCGAGGCGUUCGACCCCGCCCUCCUACCCGACUAUGAUACCAACUUUCUCAACGACUCUGAUAUUGCGACCUUCAUCUCGGCCCUCCAGGCUCCCGACCCUCUGCAGAGCCCCGCUGAAGAAACGACCUUCCUGCGGUCCCCCAGCAUCCAGAGCCCCAGCUCCUUCGACGUCACCAAGCGCAACUCGCACCUCGGCGCCCCCGACGAUGCUGACGCCAGCGCCAUAGCCGCCACGGCGGCCGCCCAAGCCGGCGAUGUCACGGCGCCGCAGGGCCCGAACGGCAUCUACCCCAACGGCAACGCCGCCGCCGUCAGCAGCCACCAGAGCAUGUUCAUCACGGCCCAGAACGACUGGGCGCCGGUGCACGAGCGGGUGCACAAGCACAAGCGGCGGCCGAAGCGCAAGGGCGGCCGCGCCCAGGGCGCCGCCGAGGCCCUCCUCGGCACGCGCAGCGCCGACGAGACGCGCGAGGGCUACCUCUACGCCCUGCUCAAGUGGCCCAUGCUCUUCUUCGUCGGCGCCUGGCUCGUCGGCCUCGCGCUGACCUACCUCUACACGCGCCUCUACAUCUGGGUCUACGAGCACUUUGUCACCUGGCGCGGCCGCCGCCAGCAGCUGCGCCGCAGCCUGCGCGCCACGCGAAACUACCGCGACUGGGUCGCCGCCGCGCGCGAGCUCGACGCCUACCUCGGCCGCCAGACGUGGAAGGAGGAGAACGACUUUGCCUACUACGACUCCAAGACGGUCAAGAGGGUGUGGGAGCAGAUGCGCAAGUGUCGCCACCGGGCCGAGGCCUUUGAGCGGGGCGACUCGGACGACGACGACGACAACGACAACGAGAGCGCCGACGGGGCGAGGAGGAAGAAGGGCGGCGCUGUCGACGAGCUGAGGGGCCUGCUUGAGGCGUGUGUCAAGAAUAAUUUUGUUGGCGUCGAGAACCCGCGCUUGUACAGCCAGACGUACUACGGGACGAAGAACCUCGUGCAGAACUUUACGGAUGAAGUCGAGAGGAGUAUCAAAUUCUUGCUCAACACCAAGCAAUUGACCCAGGAAGAGAAGCGUGUCCUGUUCAAGGGCAUGCACGCCAAUUAUGGUCGAACGGCGCUCUGCCUGUCUGGUGGCGCCGGCUUUGCCUACUACCACCUGGGCGUUGUCAAAUCCCUGCUCGACGCAAAUCUUCUGCCGGACGUCAUCACGGGGACCAGCGGCGGCGCUCUCGUCGCGGCUCUUGUCGCCACUCGAACGAAUGAUGAACUGAAGACGCUCCUGGUGCCAGCCCUCGCAGGCAAGAUCACAGCAUGCCGGGAAUCUUUCGUCACGUGGUUCCCCCGGUGGUGGAAGACGGGCGCUCGAUUUGACUCUGUCGACUGGGCGCGACAGUGCAGUUGGUGGACGCGGGGGUCCAUGACGUUUCGCGAAGCCUACGAACGAACCGGCCGCAUCCUCAACGUCUCGUGCGUGCCCGCCGACCCGCACUCGCCGACGAUCCUCUGCAACUAUCUCACAAGCCCCGACUGCGUCAUUUGGUCUGCGGUUCUGGCUUCAGCCGCCGUCCCCGGUAUUCUCAACCCCGUUGUGCUCUUGAUGAAGCAGCGCGACGGCACACUGGCGCCAUACUCCUUCGGCCACAAGUGGAAGGAUGGCAGUCUGCGCACCGAUAUCCCCAUUAAGGCGCUGAACCUCCAUUUCAACGUCAACUUCACCGUCGUUUCGCAGGUCAACCCGCACAUCAACCUCUUCUUCUUCUCCUCGCGCGGCUCCGUGGGCCACCCUGUCACGCACCGCAAGGGCAAGGGCUGGCGCGGCGGGUACGUCAUGUCGGCCGUCGAGCACUACCUCAAGCUCGACAUGACCAAGUGGCUCAAGUUCAUCCGCCACGCCGAGCUGUUGCCCCGACCGCUGGGGCAGGACUGGUCGCAGCUGUUUCUGCAGCAGUUUAGUGGCACGAUCACCAUCUGGCCCAAGUCGGUGCCCAGCGAUUUCUAUCACAUCCUGUCGGACCCAGAUCCACCGCGGCUCGCAAGGAUGCUGCACGAGGGGCAGCAGCGCGGGUUCCCGAUUCUGAAGUUCAUGGGCAACAGGCUCAAGGUUGAGCGGAUGAUUGAGCAGGGGCGGAAAGAGACGAGACCGUGGGCUCGCCGCGGCAGCAUUGAGACCAUUAUCAGCGAGGACGACAUGAGGAGCCUGAUGGUGACGGGGAACACGGACAUUGAAGACGAGUCGACGGAUGAUGAGGGCAAGCUGACCACCUCGUUGGAUGAUGAGAAUGCCAUUAUCGACGAUGAGGAAGGAGACGACUUUGAGAAGAGGGAUUGA